AUGCCUCAGUGUAUUGAGCUCUGCGAUGAAGUUGAUGCAUGUAACAUGGUGGAGAUUGGACCCGAUGACAGUGGCACGGUCUACUGUUGGGGUUUUACAUCCGUUGUGUCCUGGGUUCCAACCGCAUAUGACGGGUGGGACACUGCGCUCAAAGUAUCCGGCGACUUUGCUCGUGACCCUGUUAGCGGUAACACGAUUGACAGCACCACAACAUCUGCGCCAGCAUCAAUCAUCACAACGAGCUCAAUUGCAACUGAGAGCACCUCAACUCCCACUUCAGCAUCUGUCACCACUACUAGCUCAAUAACAAUUGAUAGCACCACCACUUCUCCGCCAGUAUCAAUCACCACGACGAGCACAGCAACAAUCGAUAGCACUUCAGCUUCGACAUCAGCAGAAGUCGCCACGACGAGCAUAACAACAAGUGACAGCACUUCAGUUUCAACAUCAGCACAAGUCACCACGACGAGCACUACAAAUGGUGACAGCAUCACGACUUCUACGUCAGUAAUUACCACGACGAGCACCACAACUGACAGUCCGACGUCAGCCGAGACGUUCUAUAUCGCCGCUGAGACAGGGGUGGCAAGUCGUAAGGUCAAGCGAGGUACAGAAUAUCUUGUGCUGAGCCCACAGACUGGCUUGAGCAGCCUUGUCGACUCCGAAGCCGAAGCAAGCAUCUUCACUAUUGCUGAUGACGACUCAUUAAUGGUAGUGGUGAGCGGCACACCCGUCUGGGUGGGUCUUUCAUUCAGUACGCCCACCCAACUCGUGAUGGAGACUGAGCCACCAAGCCCUCCCGUUACUGCAGCUAUUGACAACAACGGCGUCUUGACAAUUUCAUCCGUGGUCACUGAGUGCAUUCUGGACGGCGGUCACGUUGCAAGUGGUUUCUGCGACCAUUGUCGUUCCGAUCGGCUCGAGCACAACUACAAGCACGUCGACCUCUUCUUCAUCAGCGUCGCCAGUCCCCACAACCUCGGGGGUGACUACGACGACAUCCGGCAGUAUUUCAAGCACAACUACGGGCAUAUCGACUUCAUCAGCAUCGCCAGUCAUCACAACUUCAGGAGUGACAACGACGACGACAUCCGGCAGUACUUCAAGCACAAUUACAGACACAUCGACCUCUUCUUCAUCGGCAUCGCCAGUCAUCACAACUUCGGGAGUGACGACGACGACAUUUGGUAUUACUUCAAGCACAACCACAACCUCAGCCACUUCAACGACUACGACGCCUGCCUGCACGCCAUCUACGAUCGGAGAUGGUGCGGCGAGUCCUUAGAAGGAGCAACCACAGGCGGCCUGCAAUAUCUUCCCAAGCAGUUCGCAGUCAAUUGGCAAGCGUCAGACAACUACGAGGGCUGGACAUUCGACGACGCCUUAAGCCGAUGUGCUCAGUUUGCCGUCGACAAUGCUGCCACAGCAGUUGAGUUCUAUAUCGACGUGGACCAGAAUUGGCUCUGCGUUGGUGUCAACAAUGUGACUUUCGACGAUUCUUCCUUCUAUCCUGACUCGAAUGUGAUCAAUGUCUGGGGCUUUGUCUGGGAAAAUUCAUGCCAGAACACUCCGCUUGACGAUAUUAUCGCAACUGAUGGAACCGUGUUCUCUGAGUUUUACACCGGCUGCAGCACGUCUUUCCAGGGUAAUACACCUGGUGGAUUACAAUACCUUAACCGAGUCGUGUCGGUAGAUUGGCCAGCGCCAGACUAUUCCGGCUGGACGUUUGAUGACGCCGUCAAAUCAUGUGCUGACCAGACCGUUUCACAAGGCGGUACCAUGUUCGAGUUCUACAUUGGCUCAGAUGAUUCGUGGUACUGCAUUGCAGUGAACGACUUGCCUGUCAAGGCCGACAGCUUCUAUCCUGAUGCGACAAUUGGCAAGGUUUGGGGUUUUGCCAUUGCAGAGUCAACAGAAGUCUGCGAACCUUCACAACUCGCAGGGUCAAUCCAGUUGGCGAACGGGACUACGUUUGAUGAGUUCUAUGAUGCGUGCCAUGUGUCGCUGGAAGGCAACACGGCUGGCGGACCCGGCUCCAUGACAAAUGUUUUUGGCUUUAACAAUCCGCCUGGUGAUGAUGGAAAUCAUGGAGGAUGGACUCUUGAGACUUCUCUACAGCAAUGUAUUACGGACUCGGCAGCUGCUGGUGCAACAUUGGUCGAAUUCUAUGAGAACGCCGACGAGGAUCCUACAUGGUACUGCUUUGGCGUCAACGACGUCCCGGCACAGGAGGAUUCAUUCUACGGUGAUGGCACUGUUGGCCGUUUGUGGGCUUUCAAGCUUGACGAGUCUACUUUGCCAACCAGUGGCUAA